AGUCAUGAGCUUGGACGCUCUUCUUCGUCGACGACGCCGCACUUUCUGGGAGGACUUUAUCUCGUCGCCACUUGUAUUUUUUGCUCGUUAUCUGUACCGUCUGUUCGAACAAUCAGCGGCCGAAUCGCUACUGAGCAACGCGCUCGACUCAGAUUCUAUACGUGUCGUCUGCAUAUCUGAUACUCAUAACGCGCAUAAUGAGCUCCCUCCACUCGACAAGGGAGACGUUCUCAUUCACGCAGGCGACUUGACUAAUUCUGGCACGCUCGAGGAGAUUCGUGCCGCGCUGGGGUGGCUGAACGCACAGACACAUCUGCAUAAGGUGUUCAUCGCAGGGAACCACGACACUAUCCUCGCCGACCUGGAUUCAAAUCAGCGUUCAACACUGCUUGCACAGUUCCAUGGUCUCGUUUAUCUGCAGGACUCGUCAACAACGGUAAAUGUGCGUGGGCGCGAGCUUGUCAUCUACGGGAGUCCACAAACGCCCCGGCAUGGCUCAUGGCAGUUCCAAUAUCCCCGUGUCCACCCAUUGGAAGCAGACUCAUCCCCUGUGUGGAGUGACAUACCGCCGAUCGUGGACGUGCUCGUCACUCAUGGGCCACCAGCUCAACAUCUUGACAACGAGGGUGCGGGUUGCGCUGCACUAUUACACGCCGUAUGGAGGACGCGUCCCGCAUUGCAUGUAUUUGGACACAUCCAUGGAGCGCGCGGAGUCGAGCGCGUGAGAUGGACACAAGUACAGGAAGUGUAUGAGAGGAUUUCCGCUGGACUAGGUGGUUGGUGGGAUCUGGUCGUAAUGAUUGGGGAGAUGCUUCGGAAUAGAAUCUGGAUGAUGAAUGGGCGAGAAGGGAACGGUACGAUUCUGGUAAAUGCCUCUGCGCUUGGCGGAUUGAGGGACGAGAAGCGGAGGGGUGCAAUUGUCGUUGAUAUUUGAGAAUUGUGCUCUAAGGUCUGUGAGUUGAAUUAGCAUCCAUAUAUUCUCUAUCGUGAAGUAUGAUCCUGUCGGUGGAUUUCUACUUACAUGUACAUACGAUAUGAAGACAUUCAUAUAUACGCAUACGAGU